CUGCUUUCUCUCUCUUGUUCUUCUCUCUUUCUCUCUCCUCUGUUUUGGAUUAUUAUCCGCUCACUCACUCCCUUCCCUAUCAGUUACUCUCAAAAGUCGUGCAUUUUCAGAGACAACCCUCCCUCCCAUUAAACCCCAAGCAACCCCAUUUCUUUACUCUACUCAAUAUGCUCCUCCCCCGUUUCUCUCUCUCCCUCCCCCCCUCCCUCCGAGACUCGCCGGAGCUCAUAGCUUCUUCCUCGCCUCUGUCUCUGUCUCUGUCUCAGUCUCCCGCAUUCCGGUGACCCCGCUUUUCCGUACAGGACACUAAAAUUUUGGAGCUCAAACUGCCUGCGGCACAAGAUCUUAGGACCCAUUAGGAAUGGAUUGCACUGCUCGAAUCCAAUGGCUCCUCCAUUGAGCAAGCUUACCUGUUUUCCGGGUGUCGGGGUUAUCAGCCUAUAGUUGAAGUUAGCUUUAGAGGUAACCUGUUUGGUGGCUUCGUGUAGAUUUAACAUAGUCCGUUGUUCAUUGAGGUGGAGAUGAUGUUGGAGGCGUCCGGCUUGUUACCAUCUCGAGUCUUAUCACCAUCCCGGGAAGAGAGCGGUGAUGAAGACCUCCACGUGCUUCCGAGGCACACUAAGGUCAUUGUGACUGGUAACAACAGAACAAAAUCUGUUCUGGUGGGCCUGCAAGGUGUUGUUAAGAAAGCUGUUGGGCUUGGUGGAUGGCACUGGCUGGUUUUGAAAAAUGGGAUUGAAGUGAAACUGCAGAGGAAUGCGUUGAGUGUGCUAGAACACCCUACUGGGAAUGAAGAGGAUGGGGACCACGAUUUUGACUCUAGCAGCAGCUCUGAAAUCGGCGGAAAGGAGCAUCAAUAUUCAGCUACAGACAUUGACUUUCAUAAAGUUCGCAAGCCAAAAGUCCGCUAUACAAGGCCAUGGAUGACAUCUUCAUCUGUGGCAAAGUCGGUGAAUCAGGGCAGUUAUAGAGAUGUCCGAUCGCUUAUCGCACCAAAAUCGAGCAAUGCUGCCACAUUGAGAACUAGGAGCAAACAACAAUGUCACUCCGGCACUGGUGGCUGUUGCUUACCUUUAACCUUUCAGUUUCAUUGGAGCGUGAACCUUGCAAAACUGGGAACAAAAGCAUUAUGGAGAUAUUGCAAACACUACAAACUCGUGACGUCAAAUUCCAAUGCAUCGAGAGAACAAAUGCUCAGCUCUGUUCGACGGCAUUUUGCAUCGCAGCGACUGAACGAGAAGAAAGUGAUCGUGGACUUCAUCCGAGCUGCCAAGAAGCUGAAGAGGGAAAACAAAGAGAAACAUGUUUAGCGAAAGUUCACCCCGAAUGAACUCCUAACUUAUAUGGCUUGUACUAUAUUAGUGUGUAGUUUAGGAGUAGAUAAGAUUAACCUUAACAUGGUAGGUUGUGUUGCUGCCUAAACUGAACCAAACUCAACUGGAGGAAGCUUUUGCCGGUCUGGCCAACCAAGUAACUCAAAACUGUUGUAUCCUAACCUUUUGAAUCGUACAGUUUCGACAUCAGACGUGUUGUCCAUGUGAAUAUUUAACUAUCAUGGCUUUGCAAUAUCUGGCCUUGGUUCGGUAAGAUUCUUAUGGUAGCAGUGUCCGUUGUCUGACCAAA